GCCAGGACAUCGGGUCACAGAUACAGAAAUCCUUCCCCAACUGCCAGUGUUAAACUAUUUUGUAGAUUCAUCGUCCUUUUCGACAUGUCGUCCAGCGUUUACAAGUUCGAUAGUGCACAGCUCGAUGUAUCGGUUGCUAUGCAAAAGGACUAUGACGACAAUGGCUACAUUGUGUACAAACAAUUUUUUGAUGAAGAGGAGCUCAAUAACAUUUUGAAAGUCCUCGAGAACCCAGAACUAAUAGACAAACAUGGAUACGGUGUUCCAGAUGGACUAGGCACAAAAGCCAAAAUGGUCAUCUGGAGCCAUCCCGGUAAUGACGUGACAGGCAUGGUUGCUCGAAGCGAAAAAGUCGUCAAUACAUGCGAACAGCUGAUGGGCGGAGAUGAAGUUUAUCAUUAUCACGCCAAGUUUAUCCGGAAAGAUGCAUUCGACGGCGGCUGUCACCUUUGGCACCAGGAUUAUGGAUAUUGGUAUCAAAAUGGAUGUCUGUUCCCGGACGAAAUGAUUUCGAUUUUUAUAGCUAUUGAUAGAUGUGAAAAAGGAAAUGGAUGUCUUCAGAUUCUAAAAGGAUCUCACAAAUGUGGUAGAAUAGAUCAUAAAGCAGUGGCUGGACAGACGAUGGCUGACAUGGAAAGGCUCAAUGCAAUUAAAGAGAAGUGUAUGCUGGAACAUGUUGAGCUCAACCCCGGUGACGCUUUAAUCUUCCAUGCCAACUUAAUUCAUACCAGUGCUCCAAAUACGAGUCCGAAGAGACGCUGGGCGCUGAUACAUUCGUACAACAAGAAAUGCAACGACCCGAUCUAUAAACACCACCACCCUAAUUAUACUCCUUUGUCAAAGGUAAAGGAUAGUUGCAUAAAAGAAUGCAGAAACUACACUGACUUUUCAGGAAAGGAUUUCAUGGAUCCGAAAUCGGACAAGACAACAGCAGGAGAAAAAUAAAGAACAUUAAUUCUGAUAUGUCAUAAGAGCAUAUUCCUGUAAAUGGUGCAAAACAGUAUAAUAAUGGAAAUGGAAACGAACUGAAAUUUCGA